GUUCAAGAGUGCAUGCACACUCGACUUUUCUGCAUGACGUCCGUCGCGCAAGGGCGACCGGGCCGGCCGCGCCUCUCCACGAGCGACGUCCGACACAGGGCCAGCUCCACACGCUCUCCGUGCGUCAUGACCACGUACCGCGAGAAGCUCGCGAUGCUCGAGCACCUGGAAGCCUACGGCAUCCAGAAAACGCUGGCCAUGUACUACGCUGGCCUCGUGGGCAGGGCGCGUGACAAUGCUCGGUCAAGGAUAUACCGCUGGGCGGCGCGCAAAGACGACAUCCGCAAGAAGGCGAGCGACCCCGCGACGAGUGAGCUCCGCAACACGCGGCCGCGGGGCCUCAGCACCACGCUGCCGCUGGAGGUCGAAGACCGCAUCUUGGAGUGGAUCGUGGCGCUGCGCAACGACCGCAUUGACGUGACACAUGCGAUGGUGCAGCGCAAGGCGCGCGAAGAAGCGGCGGCGCUGGGCCUCAGUGCAAAGCAGUUCACGGCGUCCUGGUCGUGGCUCAAGCGCUUCUUGCUUCGGUACAAGAUCUACGAGCGUAACGACGAGAGCUCGGACGACGAAGACGAAGACGAGAACGACGAUGUCAUUCGCUAUGCGACUAACGACGCAUGUGCUUCCGCGCUGCCCCAAGCGUCGUCGCCGUCGGCGGUCCUAUUACCAAUAUAAAAUGCUACAGGAUAAUGCAACGGUUCACACAUCAUGUUUCACAGGAUAUGGCAUACGCCUUAUUUUGUGCUGUGAUCAUGCCACCUCC